GUGAAAAAGGUGGGAGUUCGACGAAGGACAAGGCGGCACUCGAAGAAUUACCGUACAUACGAUCAGUUCUCCUAUCGCCGCGGUCACGGCGAACACUACUAUCGCGAGAUGCUCGUGCCCACGUUAAAAUCGUCGUUCAUCCUAUUCGCCGUACUCUCGGUCGAAGCUCUUUCAAUUAUGAGGAAAGAACCACGAGGUCCCAUCCAAGAAGCGCUGCAAAAUGGUCUCGCGGCACAGUACAAUCGAGAAAAUUGCGUCUGGAGACGAGGAAACGAUAGAGAUUCUUGUCCCGACCCCGAUGUUCGUGUUUUCCUUUAUACGUUCCAUCGUCCAAGACGAGAACUCGACUCUAGAGAAUCUGACUGGCUGCGACAGGAUUAUGAUCCGACCAAAGAGAACGUUCUUUUGAUACACGGAUACGCAGGCGGUGACGACACCCUUCCCAUAUCCGUCCUUCGUGACGCCUACCUUCGAAACGGAAGCUACAACGUAUUCCUGGUUGACUGGGGUGCUUUGUGUGCGCCACCCUGUUACCCAGCGGCUGUAUCGAACCUUCGUCCAGUAGCACGUUGCCUCGCCGGCACUUUGACCACCUUACGAAACCUAGGUUUACCUAUCUCGAGAACGACCUGCGUGGGACACUCGUUAGGCGCACACAUCUGUGGGAUCAUGGCGAACUUUCUGUUGUUCAGGAUGCACCGAAUAAUCGGUUUGGACCCAGCGAGACCUCUUCUGCGUCCUGGAUAUGUAAAUCGUCUGGAUAGUGGGGACGCAGAUUUUGUCCAAGUGAUUCAUACGAAUGCGGGAUAUUAUGGAGAGGGUGGUCGCAUGGGACACGUGGAUUUCUGCGUGAACGGUGGCAAAGUGCAGCCGUACUGCGAGAACAAGCCGAAUUAUCAACUAUGCAGCCACGUCUGGGUCGUCUGUUAUAUGGCGCAGAGUAUCGACAACGUCGGCCAGGAGUCGAUGGCUGAGCCAUGCUCAAGACGAUGCCCUUCCGGACCAAGAAUCGCUCUCAGAGCCGGUGAGUAUGUGGCCAUGGGCCAGCAUACACCGGUCGGCACUAGGGGCUCUUUUUGCUUCACAAACAAAUAUCCACCCUAUUGUCCUAAAUAUAGUAACGGACGUGGCGACGAGAGAUGCUGUAUACCCGAGGACAAACCUGUCACGUUUUAGUGAUAAAAAAUGGUUGGAAGGCAUAGGAAGGAUAGAACAUACAAGACUAAAUAAGUAAAACGCGAAAUAAGUAACGUAAAAUGAAACGGAAUUUUAUAUUAAGCAAAGAAUUAAUGAUAGUAUUGAUGAUCGUUAAAGAAGUAGAAUUAUUGUCUAAUAUUUUCUUAUUCGUACAGAAGUUGAUAAGCAUACCAGUAUUUUUUAGAUAGUACGAAGCUGUUAACCUGUUAGACGAUAUAAUUUAUCAUUCGAAUCCUCAAUCUCGUAGACACAGUAAUUUCUUUACUUAGAGAUCUAUUAUCUUUUUGCAUGUCAUUUUACCUCCUCUAAAAAUAGAUUAUAUCAAA